AUGCUGAAAAUGUUCUGGGAAACCGAAAGCAUCGGAAUCACAGACGACAUCGAAUUCGCAACUCAUAUGCUACUUAAAGCUAAGCGAAACGAAGAAAUCUCUUUUAUUGGUCGUCGUUACGAAGUGGUUCUCCCAUGGAAGGAAGACUGCUUGCCAUGUACAAACAAUUAUCGAAUGUGUGAAACGCGUCUGCGAUCUUUGCAUCAUAAUUUAAAAAACGAGCCGAUUUUACUUCACGAAUAUGACAAGAUUAUACAAGAGCAAACGCGAACGGAAAUCGUCGAAAAGGUGCCAAAUUUGAACAAUACGAACGAGCUCAAUACAAAGAGGGUUUAUUAUUCACCUCACCAUGCUGUUGUGCGAAAGGAUAGAGAAACGAGAAAGGCUCGCAUCGUUUAUGAUGAUCAGCCAAGAAUUCUAAACAAGAACGCUCUCUGA